GGCUGAAGGUUCCGAGAAAGGCUUUAGAGGGCUUCUAUCGUGGUUCCCGUUGCAUGGCUGGUGUUUUAAUUUAUUCUAACCCCAGAUCGUCAAGCUGUGCUGAUGGCUUCAUCGCUGGGAUCGUAUGACUAGGACGGACAGACAGACAAGACUGGUAACGUCCUACCGAACCUGAUCUGAUUUGAAUGAAAAUCUCACAUCAUUGUGCUCCAGUGUGCAGAUAUGGCCAAUGAAAGAACAUCAAUGAUGGACUCAUAUCAAACUUUUUUUUACAUUUGAGGAAACAGAUGAACUCAAUUUGAAAUGAUCUUGCAAUGUUUCUUCUUCUGAAAACUAUAUUUACUUAAUUUAAUUAUACACUUAAAUUUACCACUGACGUCUACCAUUAUCUUGUCCCUUGUAUGUCCGUUUUGACAAGGUUUUCAAUAUACCUUAUGACUGGAUUGUUUUCUUCAGGAAUUUCUCCUGCAGUUUUAAUUUUUCAGCAUCAUGGUGUUCUUUCUCCAAACAAGCAAUUGGGUUUUACAGACAUUACUGAAGAAAUAUAAUCUGUUCAGUCCCAUGCCAGGCCUUCAACAACUGCCUUCUGUCUUUGGGUGCUUCAUAUCCACCACGUCAUAUCAGUGGGCCAAAGCAGUGGAUUCUAAAACUCUUCAUCCAGCAAGUGCCAAAUGUAGUUCUAAAGGAAGAGAUGAAGGUAUAAGGGAGAGCAGGGCUGGGAAAGGCUACUCUUCUCCCCAUCCUUUCAAUCUGUUUGCUGCUGGAGCAUCCAAGAAGAGAUCAAUGCCUCAUAAAGCCCUUGAAGACGCAGAGUACACCGUUACUUCUAGGAAGAAGACACUUUGUCCUCCAGAAAAACCUUUGAGUGUUGAGAAGUGGGGAGAACUGAUGGAAGAAUUUGAGGGACGUAAAAAGUUUGAAGAGCUUAUGUUUGAGAAAAUGAUUGCUCAAAACAGUCCUAUAGAUGUGGCCAAGUCCUUGCUAGCUGCAGUGGCUUAUCGAGAUGGAAAUAUUCAUUAUAGUCUUUUGGUGAAGUACUUGUGUCUUUGUGUCUCUCAGAAGCAGACAGAAGAGAUUUAUGAUGUUUAUGACAUUAUGAAAGCCAGAUUUAAGACCUUAGAAACAUCAGCUUAUGGUCUUCUCAUUAAAGGCCUGAGUGGUUCACCACGCUGGAGAGAGGCCUUGAUACUACUAGAGGAGAUUGAAAAAGUAAUCCCCCCUUCAAAAGUAAACUAUGGAGACUGCAUCAGGGGGGCCCUUGUUAACCAGGAAAUAAACCUUGCAUGCCAACUUUUUCAUGAGAUGCUAGCUAAGGAUGUGAUGCCAAACCUAGAUACCAUACAGGUAUUCUUCGACACUGGCAAGGAUGUGAAAGAUGACCAUUUCAAAACUGAACUCCUUCAUAUCCUCUCCUACUUAAGAGAUAAUCAAAUAUAUCCUGGAGAAGCUCUUAUGCAGAGCAUAAAGCAGUGGUUUGAAAGUAUUCCAGGAAAGGAUUGGAAAGGAAAUUUAACAACCAUCAAAAAUAGUGGACUGUGCCCAUCUUGUAAUCAGUCCUUGGAGAGUAUUAAUCUGAGCCCAGAAGAAUUCAGCAUUCUUAAGGAAAAGAUAAUAAAGGAUGUGAUACAUGGGACUGAUACAUUCAGGAAAACAACGCCCCAGGAACUGGAACAAUUUCAGAGAUUUGUGAAUCGGCACCCCCCUUAUGAUAUUGUGAUUGAUGGCCUCAAUGUUGCCAGCAUUUCCAAUAAAUGUAAUCGAUCUCAAACUCUACUUGAAGUUGUCACCCACCUAGCACAGCAGAACCUGCGGAUACUUGUGCUGGGGCGCAAACACAUGCUGAAUGGAUCUUAUCAGUGGAGCAGAAAUAAUAUGGCUGCUAUGCAGAAGAAAGCAGACUUCUUCUUUACUGAAAACAUAUCUGAAGAUGAUCCGUUCCUGCUCUAUGCCACUCUUCACUCGGGUAGUCACUGUAGGUUUAUCACCAGAGAUCUAUUACGUGAUCAUAAGGCUUGUCUCUCUGACAGUCUCAUUCGACGCCUGUUUUUUAAAUGGCAGCGUGGACAUCAGAUUGUGCUAUCUAGCUACACACCAGGAAAGAGGAUAAAGUUUGAGCCUGUAUUGCUGUACGAUACGAUCAUGCAGACUACUGGUAACACAUGGCAUAUUCCCUAUGAUGACAACUUCUUGGAAAGAUCUUCUUAUGAAGUACCAACAAAAUGGCUCUGUCUUCAACAGAAAUAAAGGAUACAUUUUUCCAAACUAAAAAUGUAUACAUCGUUCUGUUAUCUCAUAUAAACCAAACAUAAUGUUUUUUCGAAUUGAUUUUCCAAUAAAAAAGAUCAGAACUAGAUUG